CACGGAACAGCCCUCCUGGGAUCCCCAGGAGCUGCGGCCCGCUUUGCUCCCGCGCCUCCGCAGCAGCAUCUGCGGCCGCCGUGGGCACUCACGGCUACCCCGGGCAGCCCCAGCCGCCGGCAGCAGCACUACUGCCUCAGCCGCAGAGACCUGGGGGCGGGCCGGGGGGCGCCCGCAGCGACUGGAGGCGCUGUAGCUAGGGCUGCGGCGCGGGUCCCACGGCGCCCGCGAAGAGAGCGGGGUAGGUGCAGCGGACCGGGCCCUUCCUCCAUCUCCUGCGUGGCCGCCUCCCGCAGGGCUCGGCCGGCGCAGGUCGUCCCCGUAACGCCGCUCCGCGCCCGCCGCCCCAAGUGCCAGCACGCCGGGCUUGUGGGAGCCUCGGCGGACGCGCAGGGCCAUGGUUGUGGCCCCCUGACGGGCCGGCAGUCUCCAUGAAGCGGAAGAGCGAGCGGCGGCCAAGCUGGGCCGCCGCGCCCCCCUGCUCCCGGCGCUGCUCGUCAGCCUCGGCUGGCAUGAAGAAGAGCCGCAGCUCCACGUCGCCGGAACUGCACCACCUGGACCACCAGGACGACCUGUACCUGGACAUCUCCGAUCGCCUAUGUUUUGCCAUUCUCUACAACAGACCAAAGAGUGCAUCAAAUCUACAUUAUUUCUGCAUAGAUAACGAACUUGAAUAUGAGAACUUCUACGCGGAUUUUGGACCACUCAAUUUGGCAAUGGUUUACAGAUAUUGUUGCAAGAUAAAUAAGAAAUUAAAGUCCAUUACAAUGAUUAGGAAGAAAAUCAUUCAUUUCACUGGCUCUGAUCAGCGAAAACAAGCCAAUGCCGCUUUCCUUGUGGGAUGUUAUAUGGUUAUAUAUUUGGGGAGAACGCCGGAAGAAGCAUAUAGAAUUUUAAUGUUUGGCGAUACAUCCUAUAUUCCAUUCAGAGAUGCUGCCUAUGGAAGCUGUACUUUCUACAUUACUCUUCUCGACUGUUUUCAUGCAGUGAAGAAGGCAAUGCAGUAUGGCUUCCUUAAUUUCAACUCAUUUCACCUUGAUGAAUAUGAAUACUAUGAAAAAGCAGAAAAUGGAGAUUUAAAUUGGAUAAUACCAGAUCAAUUUAUUGCCUUCUGUGGACCUCAUACAAGAACCAGGCUUGAAAGUGGUUACCACCAACAUUCGCCUGAAGCUUAUAUUCCAUACUUUAAGAAUCACAAUGUUACUACCAUUAUUCGCCUGAACAAAAGGAUGUAUGACGCCAAACGCUUUACUGAUGCUGGUUUCGAUCACCAUGAUCUUUUCUUUGCGGAUGGCAGCACCCCUACUGAUGCCAUUGUCAAAGAAUUUCUGGAUAUUUGUGAAAAUGCUGAGGGGGCCAUUGCGGUGCAUUGUAAAGCUGGUCUUGGGAGAACUGGCACUCUGAUCGCCUGCUACAUCAUGAAGCAUUACAGAAUGUCAGCUGCUGAGACCAUUGCUUGGAUCAGAAUCUGUCGACCUGGCUCAGUGAUUGGACCACAGCAGCAAUUUUUGGUGAUGAAAGAAGCAAGCCUGUGGCUGGAAGGUGACUAUUUCCGUCAAAAGUUAAGAGGCCAAGAGAAUGGAAAACAUAGAGCAGCUGUCUCAAAACUCCUCUCGGGUGUUGAUGACAUUUCAAUAAAUGGGGUCAAGAAUCAAGACAAGCAAGAACCUGAACUGUACAGUGAUGACGAUGAACUCAAUGGAGGGACACAAGGUGACAGACUUCGGGCCCUGAAAAGCAGAAGACAAUCAAAAACAAACAUUAUUCCCCUCACAGUUAUUCUUCAGUCCAGUGUUCAGAGCAGUAAAACAUCUGAACCUGACAUUUCUGGCAGUGCAGGCAUUACUAAAAGAACCACCAGAUCUGCUUCAAGAAAAAGCAGUUUUAAAAGCCUGGUUCCUCACAGGGAAAGAAGGAAAAGGAAUGCUUUGCAACAGAUGCCCUUAGUGGCAUUAUGUCCCUCCAUUUCAAGGACUAAAACAGUCUUGCGUUAA